ACCGAUGACAGGUCGGUGACGUUGGCCUACGUGUCUUGACGUUCGCCCCCCUCGCGUCAAAACCAUCCGACAAGAGAAAAUAGUUCACGUGUCGCAACAGACACGAACAGUUCGACACAUAUACAACCAAGAUGCCAGCUCCAGCCAGUUCGACCACCGUGGGGUCCGUGGGCAGGUCCCCUUCGAAAGCCGUAGCGCCGCGGUCCAACGCCGGCAGCACCGUUAGACAGAGGAAGGCGACGACGACGACGGUGGCCCCCAGGAACAGGAACACGGGAGCGGGAUCUGGGGGAAUGUGGAGGUUCUACACUGAUGAUUCCCCAGGAAUUAAAGUAGGGCCUGUGCCUGUGCUCGUAAUGUCUCUGUUGUUCAUCGCGUCCGUCUUCAUGUUACACAUAUGGGGAAAGUACACUAGGUCAUAGGUUGUCACCAUUCCUUCUUCCGUUAUUAAUUUAAUGCAUUUUCACGUAUUCUAUUUUUUAUUGUUACAUUCGGGAUUGUAGGAAUAAAUGUUUUAUAAGGAA